GGUGGCGGUAAUGUAACAGCGUUUUUCCAGCAGCUGAGGAAGAAGAAGAAGAAGAAGAAGAACUAAACAAGCUUCAGUAUAACUCAGCAAUCUUUAAUGUCUUGUUUUUGACGCAAAUUUCGUGGCAGUAGGAACAAAGGUACUUGGUAAAUGGCGGAUUUAUUUUUCGGUCGUGACAGCGGACCAGACCGGCUGACUCCCGGCGGAGUGGAGAAGAUUCCAGUCGGAGACCGGCCCGAUUUGGCAAUGUUCGCGGUCAGGUCUGCGGAUGAAGAGACACCUGAGAUUGAGGACAUGGACACCUCAGAGGUGAACUGGUGCUGGUUUUACCUGGCUGAGUGCGGAGCCUGGCACAUGUUUCAGGUUGAUCCCAGUCCAACGUGUACUGUGACCAACGCUCAGAUUGAGGAGUUCUACAGCAGGAACCAACAUGGUGUCUUAGAGUUCUUCACAGCCAAGUACCUGUACAAGCUGGACUUCUCAGCCAUGCGACAAAUAAAUGUAGCGACAGGAAACCAUCGACCAAUCAAACGCUCCAUCCAGUCUGCAACCGACUUCAGGUUUAUUUGUGAUAAUCUGGCCUUGCCUGUGCCCUGUCACUGGGAGAGAAUCAAUGCAGAUGAGCCCUAUCAGCUUAUUGAGCUCGCCAGAAACACCUAUGAGUUUAAAGAAGUAGUCAAACUAUACGAGCGGACGAUGGAUAAUCCCAUUAAAUCCAUCAUGAGGAUUCAGAACCUUCACUUGUGGGAGUUCUUCUGCAGGAAGAAAACGCAGCUCCAAAAAAUCAAACGCACUUUAAAUAUUGAGGAGCGAAUGCUGUUUCACGGCACCGGCUUCAGCAACAUACAAGCUAUUUGCACAUUCAACUUUGACUGGCGCCUAACAGGAAGUCACGGCGACGUCUACGGCAAAGGGAGCUAUUUUGCCAGGGACGCCAAAUACUCCAGUAAAUACUGUUUUACGACCGGGAAGCACAACUCCACACUGAAGAAACACGGACUCGCUCCUCCGAUAUUUGCCAGCGAGCCGACCUAUAAGUCGAUGUUCUUGGCGAGAGUCCUGGUUGGAGAAUACACUGUCGGUCACCCCAUGUACUGCAGACCGCCCUCCAAAGACUCCACCUACACCAACUUCUUUGACAGCUGUGUGGACGAUGUGGUCAAUCCAAAGAUUUUCGUUAUCUUUGACGGUAACCAGAUUUACCCCGAGUAUCUGAUCGAGUUCUACUGACACAGGUUCAAUCUGUACGAACGACCGAAGCCAUCACGUGACGCAGUAAAACAAGCGCAUGCACAGGAAAUGAGCAGUUGAAGGGACAUGGUUUUGUUGGGAGUCCAGUGCUGCCUGGAUCUUAGUGCCUUCAUGGAAACGAGACCCACGAGCGCCUGAAGGGCAGCGUUUAAUCACUCGCUGUCUGUUGCAGUUCACACGCAGAAGUCGUGCGUGCUUGUUGAGCAUGUCUUCCCACUCGCGUCUUGUUUUUUUGUUUUUAUCCAUGGUGUCACACCAUAGGUCCAUUCUGCAGAGUCCACAGCAACCAAAUCAACAACAACAAAGAUUUUGACACAUUGGUGCCACCAUUAAAACAUUUCCCUGCGCACUGUGCAACGGACGCACGGGAGGUUUUUCUGUUAUUCCAGCAAAACCGCUUCUACCUCAGCUUGGUUUUUAUUCAUGAACCCGGCCUCCUUUCCAUGAAAGGGGUUAGUAUUUGUGUCAACGUGACAUGAAGUGGUCAUGUUCUGGAGUGUGAGUGUGAGUGUGAGUGUGAGUGUGAGUGUGAGUGUGUGUGUGUGUGUGUGUGUGUGUGUGUGUGUUAUUUAAACUGAAAGACUUGAAUGAAUAUAUCACUUUCGCUGCAACAUCAGCAUAUAAUUGUUGCUAAAAAGACUUUUAUUGCUGACUUUGAGCUGCUGUUAUAAAAUAAAAAAUUUAACUGUAUAUUUACUGUAAGUUGAUCAGAAAGUGUAAUAUAGCCAGCACAUGUAUAUAGUGUAUUAAAAAGCAUAACUGCACAGUCCAACAUGA